CUUGCCGAACGUUUUGAACAGGUUCGGAUAAAUGACGAAAUUGAUGAGAAGUUGGGGUUCGCUCGAAUCGAGCAAGGCCCACGGCGAGAGGGAUGGUUAAUCAAUAUGCAUCCCACACUCAUGAAAGAUCCUGACUGGCCCGGCGGCAAAGCGGCUGUCGAUUACUACUUCAUUCAGGAUGACGGAGGCAUGUUCAAGUGUACGUAUUUCUAUGAGCCUUACUUCUACAUUGCGUGCACGAAUGGAAUGGAAACUAUCAUCGAGGAAUGGCUCAUUAAGAAGUACGAGGGCGUCAUCUGUCGCAUCGUUCGCGAGCGGAAAGAAGAUCUUAAACAACCCAAUCAUCUCCUCGGACACCGUCGCCUGUAUCUCCAACUUUGUUUCCGUAACGUAUCCGACCUUCUCGCCGUCCGACGUGAUAUUGUUCCUCUGGCUCUUGCCAAUAGCGCCAAACGCAGCGCAGUCGACGCGUACGCCGAGGUCGUCAAUGCAACCGCGGACGGAGGCAUGUCUCUUGAUGGUGAUGAAAGCUGGGGCGGGGAAGCGAGCACCAGUAGUCGCCCAAUCGGUCACGACCGUGACCCUCGAGAGGGCAUUAUCGACGUCCGCGAGUACGACGUUCCGUACUACCUACGAACGGCCAUGGACAACGAGCUUCGGGUCGGAAUGUGGUAUGGCGUUACGUUCAACGCUGGUCAGCCAGAGUUUGUACAGAUUACCGAGAGGGUGAAACGUCCUGACCCGGUGGUCAUGGCGUACGAUAUCGAAACGACAAAGGCGCCCCUCAAAUUCCCAGACCAGGCCAUCGACCAGGUCAUGAUGAUCUCGUACAUGGUAGAUGGGCAAGGGUACCUCAUUACCAAUCGAGAGAUUGUUAGCGAAGAUAUUGACGACUUUGAGUACACGCCCAAGGAGGGUUACGAAGGACCUUUCAUCAUCUUCAACGAAGCUGACGAGGCCGCUACGAUCAGAAGGUUCUUCCAGCAUAUCCAAGAAGUCAAGCCGACCGUCAUGGCCACAUUUAACGGCGACUUCUUCGAUUUUCCCUUCUUAUGUGCUCGCGCCCAAACCCACGACAUCGACAUGUUCCUUGAAAUCGGAUUCGCCAAGGAUUCCGAAGACGAGUUCAAGAGUCGGACAUGCGUUCAUAUGGACUGUUUCCGCUGGGUGAAACGUGAUUCGUACCUCCCGCAGGGAAGUCAAGGUCUCAAAGCCGUAACUGUCGCGAAACUUGGGUAUAAUCCUAUCGAACUCGACCCCGAACUCAUGACACCAUAUGCCAUGGAACAACCACAAGUACUCGCACAAUACUCCGUUUCCGAUGCAGUAGCAACGUACUAUCUCUAUAUGAAAUACGUCCACCCGUUCAUCUUUUCGCUGUGCAACGUUAUUCCCCUAUGUCCCGACGAGGUUUUGCGGAAGGGUACGGGUACACUGUGCGAGACAUUGCUGAUGGUGGAAGCGUUUCGUGGGCAUAUUAUCAUGCCUAAUCGACAUGAAGAAGAGCAUGGAAACAUGUAUCAAGGGCAUCUCCUUGCGUCCGAGACUUACGUCGGUGGACAUGUCGAGGCUCUUGAAGCGGGUGUCUUCCGUAGUGACAUCGAAACGGACUUCAAGAUUGUCCCAAGCGCUGCCCAGAAGCUCAUAGACGAGCUCGAUGCUGCUCUCACGUUUUGUAUCACGGAUGAAUCCAAGUGUUCCAUGGACGACGUCACGAACUAUGACGAAGUCAAGCAGCAGAUACAAACCGCCCUCGAAUUUAUGCGCGACAACACCUCUCUUCAGGCAAAACCCCUCAUUUACCAUCUCGACGUCGCCGCCAUGUACCCCAACAUCAUGUUGUCAAAUCGUCUCCAGCCGGACUCCGUCGUUGACGAAGCUGCAUGCGCGGUCUGCGACUACAACCGUCCCGGCAAAACCUGUGAUCGUCGAUUGACAUGGGCUUGGAGAGGGGAAUUCUUCCCCGCUCGCAGAGACGAGUUUAACAUGAUCAAACAUGCACUCAACCAGGAGACUUUUCCUCCGAAACGUGUAGGACUUCCACCCCGACGAUUCCCUGACCUCUCGCCCUCUGAACAGACCGCGCUUCUUCAUAAACGGCUUGGCGACUACUCCCGAAAAGUCUACAAGAAGAUCAAAGACACCAAGGUCGAGAAUCGCGAGACCAUCAUUUGCCAACGCGAAAACCCCUUCUAUGUCGACACUGUGCGCCGAUUCCGUGACCGUCGUUACGAGUACAAGGGCCUUCACAAGACGUGGAAGAAGAACCUCGAUAACAUUCUGGGCGAAGGGCGCUCGCUGGCCGAAGUCGACGAGGCUAAGAAACUCAUCGUUGUCUACGACUCCCUUCAGCUCGCGCACAAGUGUAUCCUGAACUCUUUCUAUGGCUACGUCAUGCGAAAAGGUGCACGAUGGCAUUCGAUGGAGAUGGCUGGCGUGACUUGUUUGACGGGUGCCACAAUCAUUCAGAUGGCGAGGCAGCUGGUCGAACAGGUCGGUCGACCUCUGGAGCUGGAUACCGAUGGAAUUUGGUGUAUGCUUCCUGGAUGUUUCCCGGAAAACUUCAAGUUCAAGUUGACGAACGGCAAAUCCAUCGGUUUCUCUUACCCUUGCACCAUGCUCAACCACCUCGUCCACGACCAAUUCACGAAUCAUCAAUACCACGAUCUCGAUCUCGAAUCCGGCGAGUACAAGGUCCACAGCGAGAACUCGAUCUUCUUCGAGCUGGACGGACCAUACAGGGCGAUGAUCCUUCCCUCGUCAAAGGAGGAGGACAAACUGCUCAAGAAGCGGUACGCAGUCUUCAACGAUGAUGGCACGUUGGCGGAGCUGAAGGGCUUCGAGGUCAAGCGUCGUGGCGAAUUGCAGCUCAUCAAGAUAUUCCAGUCUCAGAUAUUCGAGAAGUUCCUCCUCGGUACCACCACGCAGCAGUGUUAUGCCGCAGUCGCGGAGGUUGCAGACCAGUGGCUGGACGUCCUCUUCAGCAAGGCGGCGGAUCUUACGGACGAAGAACUCGUCGAACUCAUUGCCGAGAACAGGAGUAUGUCGAAGACGCUUGCUGAAUACGGUGGCCAGAAAUCGACCUCAAUCAGCACAGCGAAGCGCUUGGCGGAGUUUUUGGGAGACCAGAUGGUCAAGGACAAGGGUCUCGCUUGCAAGUUCAUCAUCUCUGCCCGCCCUCUCGGCAUGCCUGUCACCGACCGUGCCGUACCGGUGGCCAUUUUCUCUGCCGAAGAAAGCGUAAAACGGAUGUACCUUCGGAAAUGGCUCAAGGAUAACGGGCUCACCAACUUCGACUUGCGCUCCAUCCUCGACUGGGACUACUAUAUCGAACGUCUAGGCUCCGUCAUCCAGAAGCUGAUCACCAUUCCCGCCGCUAUGCAGAAGGUCCCCAACCCCGUUCCUCGUGUACGACAUCCCGACUGGCUCCAUCGUCGUGUUGCCGCUCUCGGAGAUACGUUCCGACAGCAUAAGAUGACCGAUUUCUUUAAGAAGCCCGGUGAGAUAGCGGACCAGCCUACUCAGACCCAAACCCAGGACAUCGAGGACAUUGGGGAUAGUGGCGAUCGAUCGAGUCGACCCAGAAUCGCUGUAGUCAAUCGCAAGCUCAAACGCAAAGUCGUAGAAGACGCAGAUACACCGAAGCGCCUGCCACCUCCCCCCGAUCCCUCGAAGAGUUAUUCAUCUUGGAUCAGGGCCAUGCGACCUCGGUGGAAACAGCGGCGCGCGGCGCGCACGGCAGACCCUGCCGCUGCGAAUAUGCCUGCUAUGUUCCGUGGUGUCGCUCAGAUGAAGACAUCCUCCCGAUGGGACGUCGUACAGUUGCGCCCAACGAGCACCCCUGGACGUUUCAACCUCUGGCUACAGGUCAAUACCGAGCUAGUCGCCCUUCCCGUUCGCAUUCCACGGGAGUUCUACGUCCAUAUGAGGAGCGCUCCUCCCGAAGACCUAUUCCAGCCCGAGCUGUACUCUUGCGAUAAGGUGGUGAAGAACUUGCCUCGUAAUACACCUUGCCUCAACCUAUACAAGGUCUCAGUCCGGGAGGAUACGUACGUCGAGGAGCAGGAGCACUUCGUCGAUCUGACGAAUAAUCCCAACGUUGAUGGUGUCUUUGAGCUACAGGUCCCUCUGGUCGUGCGUGGACUUUUGAAGCUCGGCAAGACUUGUCAGACCAAAGACAACGUCAUGACGCUCAACCGUGCACAAACCACUGGACUUGAUCUCGAACAGCUGGAACGAGCCAACCACGGCACGAGGUCUAAAUAUCUUAACGAAGGUCGUGCCGGGAAGUAUAUCUUCCUCUUCCACGCUUGUUCACUAAACGCCCCUGUCCACGUCUUCGCCAUCUUCAUGCCCACUGGUGCCGUCCGUCUUCACAUCGUCGAUCCUGCCACCCGCCGGCAACCUAUAACUCGUCUUCGCGAACAAUACGAGGAGCUCCUAGAGAAGUAUCAGAAAGCCAAUGGCGUGAACAUCUCCGUCGAUUAUCUUCCAUCGAGAGAGUUUGCUUCGACAUAUCACAGCAGUGACCUCACCGCCCUUCAGGCCGUAUCCCGAGAGCUUCGACUGUACGAAUCCCAGUCAUACACCGUCAUCAUCUCCUCCAUGAAAGAGCAAUCGUACUUCGACGAACAUUGCCCGAAGCUGUCGCGAUUUCCGGUGCUCUCCAUGUCCAAGUCGAAAGGACCCCACAGCUUGGAUGUCUUCCCCUGGCAGUCCAAUGUCGCACACAAGAUGCUCAGUCGAUAUAUCUCUCUCGGUUCGUGGAUGGAUCGAAUGGUCGCCCUCGCAGAAUACUAUGACGUCCCGGUGGGCCACAUCGACGGCGACCAGCCCCUCUUCCUUUCAGAUCUCGAGUUCGCACGUCGACUCAUCAGCCAGGAUUGCGUCUUGUGGUGGUCCCCAAGUGGUUCGCCCGACCUCGGCGGUAUGGAAGGCGACCAAAGGUACACGGAGGAACUUCCGCAUACGGAAUUCAAGUCGCCAGGGUGCUACUCGAAUGUCAGUCUGGAGAUCACCGUUCGCAAUCUUGCCGUGAACUCGGUCCUACACUCUGUCGUAGUGAACGAACUCGAGGGUAGUGGAGGAACGACGGCAUUCGACUCUGUAUCUCACACUAUCGAUGAGUUCAAGGACGGGGAAGCCCAGCGCGAUCUUACCCUUGGUGAAGCCAACAUCUCACCUCAGACUUUCGGCAUCAUGAAGUCUAUCGUUAAGGGUUGGUUGCUAGAUAAGAUUCGACAUGGUGUUGAGAGCCCUGCCUCGCUCACUAUCGACCACUUCUGGCGAUGGGUCACUUCGAAAUCCUCACAUCUGUACGACCCCAGCAUCCAUCGCUUCAUCUACGGCCUCAUGCGCAAGACUUUCAUCCAGCUGCUCGCCGAAUUCAAACGCUUGGGCUCUCACGUCGUCUACGCAGACUUCAGUCGCAUUCUCCUCGUCACCUCCAAACCUCCCGGAACGGCUCAUGCAUACGCCACCUACCUUACCACUGCGGUUAGCUCGAACGAACUAUUCCAGCACAUUUUCCUGCAGACCGAACGGUUCUACGACUUUUUACUCUUCAUGGAUCAAGCCAAUCUUGGAGGUGUCGUCUGCGAGGACCCACUCGCUGUGGUGCCUUCGAGGGACGUCUCCAUCAACAUGCAAUGGAACAUCCAGAAGUACUUGCCGCCAGCCAUCCAACGGGACUUUGCCGACUUUGUCAGGUACUUCCUCGUCGAGUUGUACAAGGCACGGCAGAAGUCCAACGAGUCGUCCCGCGGUCCUCUCCGAGUUUUGGAGAACGGCGCACCAGACGCAACGCAGAAGGAUACCAGUCGGUCGAAGGAGGUGGACAGCGUCAAGGAAUUCAUAGCGCGAAAGCUCACGCGAAAACUGUUCAAGUACAUCGACAGCGUACAAACACGACACCGAGCCGCAUCCGCCGACGAAGAACUUUCAGUUGAUUUCGAGUUCCCCCUCCUUCCAGGCUCAUAUCUUCGCCUCGUCGAUCCAACCCUAGAGUUCAUCAAGUUCGCAUGCGCGGUCUUAGAACUCGCCAAAGACUUCCAGAGCGAGAUCGGCUUGCUGAAGCGAAACGCCCUCGAACUGAUAGGCGUCAAGAGCUUCAACGAGCGAGCCGUCUUCCGCAACCCCUGCGAGCCUCUCAAACUCUCCAACGUUCCCUGUCGACACUGCGAUGCGCUUCGCGACUUCGACUUCUGUCGUGACAUGGAUCUAUUACCAAACAACCUCGAGGUCUCACCAAAGUGGCUCUGCGCUGUCUGCGGCGGAGAAUACGACCGGACGGCCAUUGAGUUGGAGUUGAUGGAGAUGGUCCAUGCGCUGGAACAGACGUUCGCGCAGCAGGACUUGAAGUGUGGGAAGUGCAAGCAGGUCAGGUCGGAUAACGUUUCGAGGAUCUGUUCGUGUUCGGGGACGUAUCAGCCGACUUUGAGUAAGGCGGAUGUGAGAAGGAAGUUGAGGACAAUAGUGAAUGUGGCUAUUGUACAUAAUUUGGGGCGGUUGAAGGAAACGGCACAUAUCGCUUUGACUGGUUAGGCUUGUUACGCUCUGUGGUGUCGUGUGGCCUCGUAAUUCAUUCUCGCCUUGUUCUCCGGCAUUGUACUCAUACUCCAAAAUCCUCGCACUUUUUUCUCUCUCUCGCUAUCCUGUUGUCGAUACUCGUCCAUAGGGCCUUUUGUAAUUUGACGAACGAUUAC